AUGGCGACCGCAGCCUCCAACCACUACAGCCUGCUCGCCUCCGGCUCCCCCAUGGUGCACGCCGAGCCGCCCGGCGGCAUGCAGCCCGGCGGCGGCUACCGCGACGCCGGCGCCCUGGUGCAGGCGGACUACGCGCUGCAGAGCAACGGGCACCCGCUGAGCCACGCUCACCAGUGGAUCGCGGCGCUGUCCCACGGCGGCCCCGGCGGCGGCGGCGGCGGCGGCGGCGGGGGCGGCGGCGGCGGCGGCGGCGGCGAGGCGCCCUGGUCGGCGGGCGCGCUGGGCCAGCCCGACAUCAAGCCGGCGGUGGUGCAGGCGGGCGGGCGCGGCGACGAGCUCCCGCCGCCGCCGCAGCACCCGCCGCCGGGGCGGGCGCCGCACCUGGUGCACCACGGCGGCGGCGGCGGGCACCACGCGGCGGCCGCGGCGGCGGCGGCGGCGGCGGCGUGGCGGGCGGGCGGCGCGGCGCACCUGCCGCCCGGCAUGGCCGCGGCCAACGGCGCGCAGGCGGGGCUGCUGUACUCCCAGCCGCCCGGCUUCACCGUCAACGGGAUGCUGGGCGCCGCGCAGCCGGCCCUGCACCACCACGGCCUGCGCGACGCCCACGAGGAGCCGCCGCCGGGGCCGCCCGGGCCGCCGCACCACGGAGCCGAGCACCCGCCGCCGCCCCACGGCCCCCACCCCGGGGCGGGAGGGCCGGCGCCCACCGCCUCCGCCGCCGCGCCCCCCGGGCCGCCGCCGCACCACGACCCGCACUCGGACGAGGACACGCCGACCUCGGACGACCUGGAGCAGUUCGCCAAGCAGUUCAAGCAGCGGCGCAUCAAACUGGGAUUUACCCAAGCGGACGUGGGGCUGGCGCUGGGCACCCUCUACGGCAACGUCUUCUCGCAGACCACCAUCUGCCGCUUCGAGGCCCUGCAGCUCAGCUUCAAGAACAUGUGCAAGCUGAAGCCUUUGUUGAACAAGUGGUUGGAGGAGGCGGACUCCUCCUCGGGCAGCCCCACCAGCAUAGACAAGAUCGCGGCGCAGGGCCGCAAGCGGAAAAAGCGCACCUCCAUCGAGGUGAGCGUCAAGGGCGCGCUGGAGAGCCACUUCCUCAAGUGCCCCAAGCCCUCCGCCCAGGAGAUAACCUCGCUCGCGGACAGCCUACAGCUGGAGAAGGAGGUGGUGAGAGUGUGGUUUUGUAACAGGAGACAGAAAGAGAAGCGCAUGACUCCCCCGGGAGGGACGCUGCCGGGCGCCGAGGACGUGUACGGGGCCAGCAGGGACACGCCGCCGCACCACGGGGUGCAGACCCCCGUGCAGUGA